AUGACCGCCAACAAACACUACACUCUCGGAAAGUUUAACUAUUUAUUUGAGAUGAGUUUUUCAAUGCGAUAUCAACCAAUUCCUAUAGAAUUUGCAUUGGAUAGAGAAGUGGUGUGCACUUAUUUACAUUUAAAUUUAUUUGGAUUUUUGCAACAGAGAACAAAGGUUAGAGAAUGGAAUGCCAAGUCAAUCAUGUUGGAAUUGGUCAAGUUUCAUGGAUUGCAAUUGAUGAAUGUUGGAAUGGAAUUGAGAGAUGAUAGGGAUAUUGUGAUGGAGGCUGUCAAGAAUUGUCCAUUUGCUAUAAAACAUGCUUCGGAAAGGUUGCAGAAUGAUAGAGAAAUUGUUUGCAUUGCCAUGAAACAAGAUCCACUUAUUUAUGAAUAUAUUGGACAUGACGCAAAGCACGAUCCACAGUUUAUAGAGAUGGUACUGAGUAAGGAUGGAUUGUCAUUGAAUUUGGUACCUGGAAGUUUGAGUGUUAAUGAUCCAAAUUUUGUGAAUUAUGUGAAAAUUGCUAUUCGACAGAAUCCAUGUGCUAUAUUGCUUGCCCCAGACCAUAUUCAACAAGAUGGAGAAAUAUUUAUGGAUUGUUUGAGAAGAAAUCCCUUAUUGGUUGUUUUGAUUUCAGAUUCGAAUAUGAGCAUCGACAAGAAAACUGCCAUUUAUUUAGUGAGUCAAGAUGAGAGAACUUAUCAAUUCCUGCCCGAGACAUUGAAACAAGAUCAAGAUGUAGUUAUAGCCAUGUUAAAAAAGAAUAUCAAUGCAGUAGAUCUGCUCGGACAAGACAACAUGUCCAAUGAGGAACUAAUGAUUCCAGUUUUGAAAAUAUUUCCACAAUGUUUCAAUCUUCUGCCAUUCAACUUGAAAGUAAGAGAUACAAUCAUUGAAGCAACACAUAGUGGAGAUGAUAGUGAAUUUUCAGAAUAUGACAUUGAACACGAAGAAUUUGCUGCACUAUAUUUGGAAAAGAGCAAAGUUAAAUCAUGGCUCUCCACUAGAAAAAAUGUAGCCACAUCAACUCAAGUUAAUACCACAGAAAUCUCCAUAACAACGCCUUAUAAGGAAAAUGCAAGACUUAUCAUGCAUUUUGGAAAUUCCUAUUUUCGAAAUAGAGUAGUAAACCUCAAUAAUACUAAGUAUACAUCAAAUCCAGAAUCAAAAUUUGGAAGAUUUCCCAUUAAAGUUGAUACCAUUGAAUAA